AUGACCAAUAUAAUAAACGAAUUGUUGCUAGAGAACUUAAAAAGUGAACACAUAGUCGAAUAUUCCAUUGAGCAAGGAUUGUUGAGAUUAAGCGAUGAAUUGCGAAAAAAAUUCAAUGUCCCUGUACUACGUGUUGUUAUCAAUGCCAGUAAUGACGAUUGUUUUGGAAGCACUGUGUCACGUGUCCUAAUAGAAGAAUAUUUAGGAUAUGAUGAUUUCCUUACGUCCGUCCUGAAAAACGUAGCAAGGAGCCAUGGGUCCAAUGGUUAUAUCAAAAAUGCAAACACUGAUGAAUAUUUUAUGAUCAACAAAUGUGGAGAGGAACUUUUCCUAUGUGGUUCUAAGGAGAGAGUGCCUCGAUCUACUGAUGCAGAAUGGUUGCCUGAUUGGCAUAAUACCACUAGAACCUAUUAUUACGGACACUAUCGACGAAAGCACAGACCAGGGAUGACUCUAAAUCCAAUAUCUUCAUUCGAAUUAUUAUUCUUUGCCGUUUUCGGCCAAACGACUACUGAUCAAACAAGAGAACAAAGUAUAAAAAUACAACCAGCAUGGACCAUAUAUCUUUAUAAAAUUGUAUUCGGAAUUUACAUGUUGGUGUCAGUUGUUGUACUUAUCAAUCUGUUGAUUGCUAUGAUGUCGGAUACCUAUCAGAGAAUUCAGGCUCAAUCUGAUAUCGAAUGGAAGUUUGGAUUAUCAAAACUGAUUAGAAAUAUGCAUAGGACGAGCACUGCACCUUCACCACUAAAUCUUAUAACCACGUGGUUUAUAUGGAUAGUAAACGCUUGCAAGAUGAAGAUGACCAAGAAAAAGAAACCGAGUUUGAUUCACAUGAUGAGCGGAAUGCAGAGGUCGCAGGGAAGUCCGAGGACAAAAGCUGGUGCCAAAUGGUUAUCUAAGGUUAAGAAAGGACAAGUUGGGCCAAAAGGAGAGCCUGUGGCCUUGUCAGUUGUCCACCUGAGUCCUCUCGGAUCCCAGGUGAGUUUCACGGCAAACACAAUGCGCAUCGAAAACGUCGCCGAUUGGGAGGCAAUUUCAAAAAGAUACCGAACUUUGUGGGGACUUGAUCCAGAAGAAUCUUCUAUCAAGGAAUCUGAAGACACCACGUCUAUGGUCACUGAAACUGCAGGACAUAAUAAUAUUAAUGCUGUUAAUGCUAUCAAUCCCAUGAAUGCUAUCACGACGGCAACUACUUAA